AUGUCUUCUCCAGCUUCCACAAGUGACCUUUAUAAGCUGCAGAAAGAGCAAGAAUUACAUGAUGAUUUGAUUGUUACCAACAUGUCCGAAUCUUAUGAUAAUCUAAACUUGAAGGUUUACGCAUCAUUUAUUUUUCAUCAGGAAUAUUGCCCUAUGGCUCAGUUUCUGAUGAAAGUUGACGGUGAUGUCGCAGUCCAUCUUGACCGCAUGGAUAAGCUAUGGAAGAGGACUGAUAGAGCCAGUCAAUCUAUAUUUUGUUUAGUAUGUGCGAAAUCAAAACCAGAAAGAAAUUCCAGUCACAAGUGGUUCUUGUCGUACGAUGACUGGUCACAACCCUUCUAUCCGCCUUUCUGCAGUGGUCCUAUGUACGUAAUGGGUAAAGAUGCUGGAUGGCGCAUACUCAGUUCUGCGCAUCUCUUUGCACCGCUGAGAUUAGAGGAUGUCCUCUUUACUGGAAUCAUUGCUGAAAAAGUUAAUGUUCCGCGAGAAAACUGGAAAGAUAACGUGCUACUGAUAUGGGGCAGUUUCUCGGUAUGUUUGAUUACAGCUAAUUUUACAUGA